AUGGGAGAGGGUGGGGAAUCCGGAGGACUGCCGGAGUUCGGAGGAACUCGAGGGCAAGAGAUCUCGAAGGCCCUCCUCGGCAUCCAAGACUCCUUCGAGGCUCAGAUCGACAAGCUUCGAAACCUUGACUACACCGUGCUGGACGUGACGACGUCGCGAUGGCAUGACGACUACAACUCCUUCAAGGAUGUCGUCAAGGACUUGGAGGUUAUGUACACGAACGUCAUCAACACGGCAUUCGAGGGCAUCACGAGGAUCAUUGAUGCGGUGGCCUUGCUUGAGAUCUUCUACACCCUCGCAAGGCGUGAUGCCAUCAAGCAAGCUUGCCUCAAGAAGACAGCGUACACCUACAUGCUCUUCGUCAGGGAGGCCCAAGCGGCCUACACGGUCUUCGUUACCGUCAUCGGCGACUUCAAGGCCAACAGAUACCAGGCGUGGGUGGACCACCUGAACUCAGUAAUCGAAGUCAUGCCGCUUGGCGCGAGGUUGGACGUACCUCUCCUGAGAAGGGCGGACACCGACCCAGGGGUUCAGACGCAGCAGCAGAAACAGCUGGCGGCAGCUGGCAAGGGGCAUCAAUCCUCGGGCCAGCCCUCCGCAGCGGCGGGGGUCGGAAAAGUCGGUGCCGGAACGGUCACGGCAGCAGUCGGUGGUGGGGCGGGAAGGGCUGGCCACCUCCACAACCAGCACUUGGUCUGUAAUUUUGACCUGGACUUACUCGCACUCUUCUCUGAGGUUAGCCACUGGGAGAAGUUCCAGGGCGAAUUCUCGGUUCCCUACGCGGCCCACGACAUUUGCAACCAGAGGGAGAAGCUGCGGGAGCAAAGAGAGCACGUCAUGCUGGUGGUUCGGGCAUACAACAGCAUUGUGGAGUUCUAUGUCCGCGACUGCUGCAACCAUGCCGCCGAGACGAGAGAGAUCGUGAAAGGAGUCCACAAACAGAAGGAGGCCGUCGUCAGGCAGUGCCGCAUGCUGGCCGGUCUGCAGCUGACUAGGAUAGACAAGAACGCGGUCUACGACGACAGGGAGUUCGCGAAGCAGCAGGCCGAUCACUGUGUGGGCGUGCGCCGCAAGAUGGAGUGGGCACACGAUAUGGUGCUAACGUCGAUGCGGGAGAUCUUCGCCUGCUUCGAGGGCGGUUCGAGCGAGGUCAAGCGGGAACGAAGGGCGCUCAUCGCCCAAACUGACAACAACAUUGAGUUAUCCCUCCGGAACACGGUCAAGAAAUCUCUGCAGCAGCUAUCGAAGGCCAUCAACGGAGACGCCAAGACAGAGCCUCAGACUCUCUUCAAGGUGAACAUUGUGCUGGAGUCGGCACAAGUGGACUACCGGCCGACCAUGAUCAACCUGACCCACGUUAUCAACAUCGUCACGAAGGAGCUCAUGGGCACCAUCAAGGCUGUCUCUCGCGUUCGAGAUGCUCUGGGCGACAAUCCUAACCCCAACGCUACUGGUGUCACUGGCGCGAAGAAACCAACCGCUACAGCUACCGCCGCAAUCGCCACCGGCACUGCCGAUGCCGCAAAAGGAGCGUAUCCUGUGGUGGAAGGGGAAGGGGAAGCGGAUGCACCGGCAGGCGCGGGGCAAGCGGCGGGGGAUGGGGGGGGGGGGGAGGGCGACGCAGCUGUGGUGGCAGGAGCUUCAAGUGGUGGGGGGGGAGACAUGCUGCCUGUGGCUCAGGUGGUGGUGCCCUCUUUCUACAACAUCAUCAGCAACGACGAGGACAUCCUAAAGAUCGUGGUACAAGUCAUGAACGGCAUGAGCGCCAGCGCGGCGGAGCUUCAGAAAUACCUGUCCUACUGGGACAAGUACAAGUACAUCUGGGAGAACGACAAGGUAUUGUAUGAAAAGUACAGAUACCGCGAGCUCCAGGCGGACAUCGUGCAGGAGGAGUCGUCCCACACUAUCAACUUCAUCAAGAUCGACUGCACGCAGCUCAAGACUGCCCUGGUUGGCCACUGCUCGCAAUGGCAGGGCAAGCUUACCGGCCUUCUGAACCAGAACGCCAUGGUCGAGCUACGUGGGCUGCACGAGCUAUUUGAGACCUCCACCGCUCGAUUGAAGGUGCCACCUCUGAACCUUGAUCACCUGAGCGAGAGCUGGAACUUACUGGAGACUAUGAAGAAGGACGUCCCGGCCAUCGAGGCCAAGAUGCUUAACAAGUGCAAGGUCAACAUGAAGAGAGACCUGGAGAAUAGCAUCACCAACUACAAUGAGUCCGUUCUCACGGUGCACCAGGACGCGUCGACAUUCCUGCCUUACGGCGGAGACGUAAAGCCUGAGGACGCGUUCAAGAUCAUCGAGGAGUACAAGGUCAAGGUUGAAGCUGUUCGCGCCACACAGGCCGGCACAUUCUGCGUCACUAACUUGCACGGGCGCUUGUUUGCCGUCCAGGCGAGUAUGCAAGCAGGGCUCGACGUGUUCGCCAUGGACUCGCCCGAGCACAAGGAGCUCAAGGCGGUGGAGCGAGACUUGGACCUGAUGGAGCAGAUAUGGACUGUUUCCAAAGAUUGGGAAACGGCGUGGGACGGGUGGAAGACAGGCCUUUUCACCGAUCUCGACGUUGAGGAAAUGGAGAAUGCCGCCGGGACCUUCACCAAGAAGAUCGGCAAGCUAGGCCGAGACAUGAAGAAGUGGAAGGUGUGGGAGGCAAUGAAAGAGAAGGUCGAGCAAUUCCGGCAGACUAUGCCUUUGAUACAGGAUCUGAAGAACCCGGCCUUGCGGCCACGACACUGGGACGCGCUUAGAUCCGAGCUCGGGAAGAACUUCGAUCCGGAGGCGGCAGACUUCAACCUGGAAGGCGUUUUCAGCCUGGGUCUACACAACCUGGCCGACUUCAUUGGGGAACUUAGCACCAACGCCAACAAAGAGCUGGGCAUCGAGAAGGUGCUAGAGGAGGACAGCGUUCAGCUCUCCACCAUUAAGGCCUCCAAGUUCUACAAUUCCUUCUCGGAGAAGAUUGACAAGUGGGAGAAGGCCCUCAACGGCGUGUCAGAAACGGUGGAGCUCAUCCUCAACGUGCAGAAGAAGUGGAUGUAUCUCGAGUCGAUUUUCAUGGCCAGCGAGGACAUCUGCAAGCAGCUGCCCAGAGAGUCCGCAAUAUUUAUGGAGGCAAGGCUUGAUGCUGUGAACGCCGAGUUCAGCUGCCUCAUGGAAGAGAUAUUCAACAACCCCAACGCAAUACGGGCUUGCUGCUCGGACCCCAAGAUGAUGGAGAAGAUCACGGCCAUGGAUUCAAACCUGGAGGUUAUCCAAAAGAGCCUCGACCAGUACUUAGAAACCAAGAGGAAUACGAAGCGAUACUUACUACUCUACAUCAUCUUGUGCGAGGGCAUCGAUGCAUGGAUCCCGCCGCUGCGCACGGCAGAGGGUCGAGUUGCGCGGGAUACAACAUGGAAACCAAUGAAAAAUCUAUCCGAGAUGCACCCAACAUGGCGUUCGUGUUCGCAUUUCCCCCAUCAGAGCUACCUAAGCAUCAGCCAAACAUAUGCCCCUCUUCUCGUUGCCGCUUUGUUCGCGUACGUUCUUAGGAUGGUGUUCCCGCGGUUCUACUUCGUGUCGGACGACGAUCUGCUUGAAAUUCUGGGCCAGUCCAAGGACCCCGAGGCCGUGCAGAAGCACCUCAAGAAGUGCUUCGAGGGGAUCAAGGACAUCCACCUCAUUCCUCCAGGCAGGCACACGAACAAGACCUGGGAAGCAUCUGGACUGACGUCUCCAGACGGCGAGACUGUCGAGCUAGCCUCCAACCUCAUCAUCGACGGUCCCGUAGAGAUGUGGUUGGCGGCACUGGAAAGCGCCAUGCAGACCGCUCUGCAGAAGCUUCUGGCGAGCUCCUUGCAGGCGUACAAGGGGAAAAAGGACAAGUGGGUGAAGGAGUACCAAGGGCAACUGUUGAUCUCUACGGGGGCCGUUCAGUGGACCACAGACUGUUCCAAGGCGCUCAAUGCCAUAUCGGGCGGAAACAAAACCGCCCUCAAAGCCCUCAAGAAGAAACAGGUUGGAUAUCUCAACAAAAUGUCGGACAUGGUUCGAGGGCAGCUGACAAAGAUCGAGCGAAACAAGCUGGUGGCUCUCAUCACCAUGGAGAUCCACAACCGAGAUGUGAUGGAGCGGAUGAUCAAGGCCGGCUGCGCGGCCACUUCCGAUUUCGAGUGGUUGUCUCAGCUUCGCUUCGUGUUUUCGAGGGAAGACGGUCCCUUCGGUAUAAUCUCCGUAAGGCAAACCAACUGCCAGCUCGAGUAUUCCUACGAGUAUCAGGGAAACAACGGUCGACUCGUUGUUACGCCGCUGACUGACCGCUGCGUGCUAACGCUGACGACGGCAAUGUACCUCCACCGCGGGGGGAACCCUCUCGGUCCUGCAGGAACGGGGAAAACCGAAACCGUCAAGGACUUGGGCAAGAACUUGGCCAAGUACGUGGUGGUCAUCAACUGCUCCGAUGGUCAGGACUACAAGUCCGUCGGGCGUAUUUUCUCGGGGUUGGUGCAGUCCGGAAGCUGGGGCUGUUUCGAUGAGUUCAACCGGAUCAAGAUUGAGGUUAUUUCCGUGGUGGCCGUGCAGGUGCUUUCGAUCCUCAACGCCCUCAGUGCGCACAAGGAGUCUCUCAUGUUCAUGGGGAACAUGAUCAAGUGCAACCCCAACUGUGGCAUCUUCAUCACCAUGAACCCCGGGUACGCCGGCCGCACAGAGCUGCCGGACAACCUCAAGGUGGGAACAACGACAUCAGCGAGUGCAGCGCUUAUGAGACCGGUGGCCAUGAUGACACCAGAUCUGGCGAUGAUCGCCGAGGUGAUGCUUGCGGCAGAAGGCUUCCGCGAGGCCCGCAUCUUAGCGAAGAAAACGGUCACUCUUUACAGCCUGAUGAUCCAGCAGCUCUCCAAGCAGGACCACUAUGACUAUGGUUUGAGAAACCUGAAGGCGGUGCUGAACAUGGCCGGGGCAUUGAAGCGGGCGGAUCCAAACAUGAACGAGGAAGCGAUCCUCAUGCGAGCUCUGAGGCUUGACGUUGCCGUGGAGAAGGAACUGACAAGCAAGGGGCUCCAGCAGCAUCCGUUCCUCAUCAUGAAAACCAUUCAGCUAUCCGACUCCCAGCUCACCCGGCACUGCAAUAUGCUUGUCGGCAGAACGAUGUCCGGCAAGUCGGUGGCUUGGAGAACGCUCAUGAACGCCAAGAAUCAGAUGUGCAAGGACGGCGUCGAUGGGUAUCACCCGGCCGAAAAGGUGCACCCGUUCGUGAUCAACCCUAAGUCUGUGACGCUCAGCGAGCUUUACGGUGCUUACGAUCUGUCGACGUUCGAGUGGGCAGAUGGUAUCCUCUCCACGCUAUUCAAGCAGUCAGCCGAGUCAGACAAGCCGGACGAAAAGUGGAUCAUGUUCGACGGUCCUAUCGACGCCCUGUGGAUUGAGAGUAUGAACUCCGUCAUGGACGACAACAAGAUUCUGACGCUCAUCAACGGAGAUCGUAUCCCACUCACCAACUCCAUGUCACUCCUCUUCGAGGUGGAAGAUCUGGCCGUGGCAUCUCCUGCCACGGUGUCUCGGGCCGGCAUGAUCUUCCUGGACGUAGAUGAGAUGGGAUGGCAGCCUUUCGUCAACUCCUGGCUUCAACAGAGAUUCGAAGACGACGCGGAGCACCUCACGUUCCACCGUAACCUAUUUUCGAAGUACGUGGAGGGGGUGCUGGCCUUCAAGGAGGUGAAUGUAUCUGAACCGGUACCGGUGGGCGACUUCAACGCCGUCCAGUCGAUGUGCACUCUGUACGACGCGUUCCGAGACAAUCCUACCACCAGCGGCCUCGAGAAAGAUGCCGAGGGAUACCUCGGUCUAGCCGAGAAGUGGUUCGUGUUUUCGAUGGUCUGGUCCGUUAUGGCGGCGGCUGAUGAAGACGGGAGGGCGAAGCUGGACGCUUUCCUUCGAGACGUCGAGCCCCAAUUCCCGCCCAGCGCUACGGUCUACGACUAUUACGUCGACCCGAAGAAGCUGGACUGGGAGCCGUGGGAGCCGAAGGUACCCCCUUUCCGCUACCUGAAGACCAUGCCCUUCCACAAGAUGAUUGUGCCCACGGUGGACACGAUUCGGAACUCGUUUGUCCUGGGUACGCUGUGGGGGGCGAAGCGAAACUCCCUGGUGGUAGGCUCCAGCGGCGCAGGCAAGACCGUGCUGGUGUUCUCCGAGCUGGCCAGGCUCCCCGAGACGCACUCGCAGCUCGUCAUGAACUUCUCCGCCACGACGGACUCGGGCACCACGCAGGUGUGCGCUCAGGAUGAUGUGGCAACCAUUGAGCAAACGAUGGAGAAGCGGUCGAAGGAUAAGUUCGGACCCCUGGGCGGCAAGCAGCUUGUCAUCUUCCUCGACGACUUUAACAUGCCCAUGCGGAUUUCGCACGAGUCGCCCUUCCAGCCUCCGCUCGAACUGCUUCGGUUCUGGAUGGACUACGGGGGGUGGUAUGACAGGGUCAAGUGCGCGUGGAGGUACAUCCUCGACACGCAACUAAUCUGCGCCAUGGCACCUCCGGGCGGUGCGAGGGCGGUUAUUUCGUCAAGAACUCAAAGCCGGUUCAAUGUUCUCAACCUCACUGUUCCGAACGAUUCCCAGGUUGUUCGAAUCUUCGAUUCGAUCUUGGCGCCCAAACUGGCCGACUUUGACGUUGAGAUCAAGCCCCUGGCUUCUCAUAUCGUACAUGCGACGCUACGGGUCUACCAAGCAUCCAUGGAAACGUUCCUCCCCACUCCGGUGAAGUCGCACUACUUGUUCAACAUGCGCGACGUCGCCAAGGUCAUCGAAGGAGUGAUGCAGGCAUCGCCGAGCACGGUGGACACGAAGGAGGCGGCGAUCCGGCUUUGGACACACGAGUGCCAGCGAGUGUUUUCGGACCGGUUUGUGCAAGACGCGGCGGACGACCAGGGCCGUUUCCGCGAGGUGAUCAACGCUCAGCUCAAGGUCACAUUCUCGACCAAUUGGGGUGAGCAGUUUUCCUCCUGCGAGGACGAGACGCUUGGGUCAGUGUUCACCGCCUGCUUCGGGGAAGGCGGCGAUGAAGACAUCAGCUACGAGGAACAACUAUCACUGGUCAAGCUGAGGCAAGUUCUGGAGGAGCGGCUAGAAGACUAUAACAUGGAACCGAAGUUGGUGUCCAUGCAGCUGGUUUUGUUCAAGUAUUCCCUCCACCCUGCAACUGCCGUUGAUAAUUCGAAGGACGCCGUUUGCCAUGUGGCACGCAUUCACCGCGUCUUGAGCCUGAAGCGGGGAAACUUGAUGCUGGUCGGUGUGGGAGGAUCGGGGCGGCAGUCCCUCACUCGACUGGCUGCCUACAUCUGCGGGCAGGAGCUCUUCACCAUCGAGAUCACAAAGAACUACCGCCAAGUUGAAUUCCGCGAGGACCUCAAGAUCAAGGAGGAGUGCUUCUUAGAAGACGUGAACAACGUCCUCCAAUCGGGAGAGGUCCCGAAUCUGUACGGGAAGGACGAGAUCCCGCUGGUGCUGGACGGAGUACGGAAGACCGCCAAGAAGGCUGGCGUCGACGAGACUACCGAGGCUCUCUGGGGCUUCUUUGUCGACCGGGUUCGGGAAAACCUCCACGUCGUGCUAGCGAUGUCGCCGAUCGGAGACAGCUUCCGCAACCGCACGCGAAUGUACCCCGGGUUGGUGAACUGUACAACCAUCGACUGGUUCCAGCCUUGGCCUGCCGAUGCCCUAGUGGAGGUGGCCACGAAGUUCAUCCAAGACAUUUCGAUGGAGGAUGAAUCCCAGCGGGCGAAGGUCGCUUCUGUGUUUUCGUGCAUGCACACUUCAGUGGUGGUGGCCAGCGAACGCAUGCUGGUGGAGCUGAAACGCCACAAUUACGUUACGCCGACCAACUUCCUAGAACUUGUCAAGGGAUACAAAGUGAUUCUGGCAGAAAGGCGUGGGACGCUGUCCGAGCAGCGCAACAAGCUCAGAAACGGGCUGACAAAGCUGGAGGAAGCACGAGAACAGGUGGAACAAGAGUCGGAGAGAAUAGGGAAAGACGCGACUGAGUGCCAGGUGAAAGCCUACUCAAAGCCGCCCCCUCUGGUGGAGACCGUGAUGGCCGCGGUAAUGACCAUGAUGGGGAGGGGCUCUGACUGGGCCACUGCCAAAAAGGCCCUUGGAGAAGGAAACUUCCUUACACAGAUCAAGACAUUUAACAAGGACAACGUCUCCAACGCGCUUAUGACAAAGAUGAAGAAGUACGUCAACAACCCCGACUUCUCGUUCGAGAACGUGGCGAAGGUUUCUUCUGCAGCUUCGGCGCUGUGCGUGUGGGUGCACGCAAUCUACUUGUAUGCCAACGUCGCCAAGGACGUCGCACCGAAACGCGCACGCCUGAAAGAGGCUCAGGAGACCCUGGCUACCAAGCAGGCUGGGUUGAAGGCCGCCCAGGACCAGUUAGCAGAGGUCGUCGCCAAGGUUCAACUCCUCAAAGACCGCUACGACGAGUCGGUUGGUCAGAAAAACGCUCUGAUGGAAGAGUCGCAGAUGCUGCAGGACAAGCUGGAGCGUGCGGACAAGCUGGUAAACGGCCUGGCGGGGGAGUUCGUCCGGUGGCAGGCAUCGAUCGGUACCUUCGAAGUCAUGAUCGAGCGAUUGAUCGGAGACUCGCUCAUCGCGGCGGCCUUCCUGUCGUAUGCCGGAACUUUCGACACCGUUUACAGGAACGGUUUGGUGUCCGGGUGGAUGAGAGAUGUCGAUGCUCAGGAGCUGCCGUCGACGGAAGGAUUCAGCUUCACCGCUUUCCUGGCCAAACCUACGGAUGUCCGAGCGUGGAAUAUUCAGGGUCUCCCCAAGGACGAGUUCAGCACGGAAAACGGGGUAAUGGUGACGAGAGGUAGCCGGUGGCCGCUCAUGAUCGAUCCUCAAGGCCAGGCGAACAAAUGGAUUAAGGCUAUGGAGGGAAGCGAUCUCACUGUGGUGGAUCUCAACACCAAGGAUAUGCUUCGCCAAAUGGGCAACUGCAUCCAGUACGGACUGCCGUGUCUUCUUCAGGAUGUCCUAGAGGAGCUGGAUCCGUCGAUUGAACCGGUGAUGUCCAAGGCCAUCAUCAAGCAGGGCAACCGCGAGGUUGUACGGCUAGGAGACAAAGAGCUUGACUGGUCCCACGACUUCCGUCUGUACAUCACCACGAAGCUCGGCAACCCGCACUAUACACCAGAGGUGUCGACGAAAACGACGGUCGUGAACUUCAGCGUGAAACAGCUCGGUCUAGAAGCACAGCUCCUCGGAAUCGUGGUCCAGAGGGAGCAACCCUCGCUCGAGGAGCAGUCGUCGGAGCUAACCGUAAAGGUGGCGACGGGUAAAAAAAAAAUCGCGGAUCUGGAGGAUGAGAUCCUUCGCCUGCUGUCAGAAUCUACGGGAUCGCUGCUCGACGACAUGAACCUGGUCAACACUUUGCAGGACUCCAAGACGAUCUCGGAGGAAGUCACGCAGCAGCUUCAGAUCGCCGAAGAGACCGCGGUGAAAAUCGACGCUGCGAGGGAAGGCUACCGGUCGGCCGCCAUUCGCGCCAGCGUGGCCUACUUUGUCCUUGAUGACCUUUCCAGGGUGGACCCAAUGACGGGUGAGGAGGAAGGUGUCGCCGACCGCUGCGAUGUCAUCAACAAGUACCACACUCGAUCCGUCUACGAGUACACGUGCCGCGGGCUGUUCGAAAGGCAUAAACUGCUUUUCUCUCUACAGUCGCCCCGAGAGUGGAAGGCGUGGUUCCUAUCGGCGAAGCCCGAGGAGUCGCCUCUACCGGGAGACUGGGAAAACAAGUGCUCCGACCUGCAGAGGCUGUGCGUGCUCCGCUCCCUUCGUGCCGAUCGCAUCCUCUUCUCGGCUGCGACUUACGUGUCCAACAAUCUCGGGCCCCAAUUCGCUGAUCCGCCGGCGUUCGAUCUGAAGGUCCAGUCCCUCUCCGUAGCUCAAGGGGUUAAGAUGUCCAACGUGGCCUUGGGUCAGGGGCAGGCUCCAGCUGCCAUCCGAAUGAUAGAGGACGGCGUUAGCUUCGGCAAUUGGGUGUUCCUCGCGAACUGCCACCUGAUGCUCUCGUGGAUGCCUGAGCUAGAGAAGAUCGUGGAGGAUUUGUGUGUCGGAGAGCCGCACGAAGAUUUCCGGCUGUGGCUUUCUUCCGGACCACACCCCAAGUUCCCCAUCUCGAUUCUCCGGCGAGGGUUGAAGAUGACCACGGAGCCCCCGGCGGGUCUGAGGGCCAACGUGUCGACGCUGUAUAACAUCGUCAGUCCGGAACAAUUCAGCCGGUGCGGACAGACGUUCCGGUACCGCAAGCUGCUCUUUUCCCUUGCCUGGUUCCACGCCAUCCUCCUCGAGCGCCGCAAGUUUAAGAGCCUGGGCUUCAACGUGCCGUACGAGUUCAACGAGUCGGACUUCAGCAUCUGCCAUGAUCUCGUCAUCGUGUUCCUGGAUGAGUACCCAGACAAGCCACCGUUCGACGCCAUGAGGUAUCUGAUCGCAGAGGCUAACUACGGUGGGAGGGUUACCGACGAGUGGGAUAGAAGGUGA